GCCCUCUUCAACGUCCCCCCCGCCGACUUCGCUCGCUGGCAGCUCAUCUUCGUGGGCACCCGGCCGCCCAACGCGGUGCUGCAGCCCUCCGACAACCUCACCAACUACCUCAGCGGACAUCACAACAAGCUAGCCGUCCAGGCAACCGCAGACGCUGCCACCGGCGGCCAGACGAAUGCCUACCUCAUGGACCCAAAUAAGCUCACCCUCGCCAUCCUGCACGAUGACCGAGGAGUGGGCAACGGCCGGCGCCAACCGCCCGCCAGCAGCCGAUACGCGCACGAGAAGCCCGUCAAGAUCUACGGGUAGCCCUUCUGACCUGCUUUCUGCACGCGCCGGUGUUUGCAUGGUACGAGUGUCGGCGUCCGUCCAGGUCUGCGGGCAGCGUCUUGCCCUGCUCUCGGCGCUCGCCGGGACUAUGGAGACAUGCGAUGAUGUACGUCCGUCGGGGUGUACUGUGGAUGAACUCGAGCGGCCACGCGAUACUGCUGUUGAGCGGGUGCUGGGGCGCGGAUGGUGGAUGCUGUGGCGCGGAUGGUGUGGGUGAAGGAUGGUGAGGAGGGAAAGGAGAGGAGAGGGCUACAUGGAGAGGGAGAGGAGGAGCGGGCGGGAUCGCGGUGGUGGAGGAGGUCGUGACGAUGGUGGCAGCAGCGGUGGUGGUGGUGGUGGUGACAACGCAGGAGAGGGGAGAAAGUGAGAGGUUUUGGAGUUGCUGGUGGGUAGGAGAGGUGUGAGAUUGGCUGUAGGCGCGAGGGACUGGGGCGGCCAUGCCUUCUCUUGAGGCCUGUGCUUGGGUUCUGGGCUCUGAAGCGGAGGCGGGAUGUAAUGUGUUGGUAGGCAGUUGGGUAGUUGGUGGUACCGGUAGUUCGGAAUGGUCCGGCGAAUUGGUUGCGACGGUGGGGGAAGGGGAACCGCACACGCGAGCGCAAUCGCGGCCAGCUCCUGACGCGGGUCGAGUGUGGGUUGCUAGCUUGUUAUGCGCUUUGGUUGGGGCUCCUGCACGCCCUUGCUGGCGUGGUGAUGUUGCUGGCCUGGUUUGGUUCAGUCCAGGAGGCGGGCACUCCUAUUGUGUGGCUGUUGGUACUGUGCGCCGUCCUAGUGAGAGGACUGACCCGUGGGUCGUUGCUGUUGCAGUUGUCUUGACGUUUAAGGGCAAACUGGGGCGGUUCCUCUCACACUUAAUGUCGCGUCGUGGCGUACGUUGUGUGUGUAGGGGGGGGGGAGUAGCUGGGCAGCUGUCACUGUGGCGCGUUUUUGGAUUUGGAGGAUUUUGGGGUCCAUGUGUGUUUCUGCUGCGGAGAGUUUUGUUGCAUGUUGGCUAGGACUUAGGAGGCCUGAUUGAAGAUAUUAGCGCAGGAGCCGCGCCGGCAGGCUCGCCUGGGCGGCCGCAGCUGCUGUAGCAGCAAGCAGCGUUGCUAGCGGGGUAGCUCUCGCUAUUAGGGUAGACACCCGUAUGCGCAUGUCCUUUGCUCUGAGAUUGGGUGGGGUGCUUGGAAGGCUGGGGUGCGGGUUGUGUGCUUGAACAGGCACCCUCACAGGGGUUACCUCCAUCCGCAAGUAAGGGGCCCUGAACCUCACGCAGGUGUGAGGGUGAAGGGGCCUGAUGCCUUGGUGCUCCGGAGUAGAUGGCAUUAGGAACAGAAUGGCGCAUUUUGGAUGCCAGUGGUGGACAGCAAAUGGCUGAAGAAUGUAAGUAUGUGAUGGCGUU